AUGCAGACCCCUGACGAAAAGUCAGAGUCCAAUCGAGGAAUGUCGUUUAUAAAGCAUAUCUUUGAUAAGAUUCCCAAGAGGGAGGACUUCAAACGAUUCUUCUCUUUCGCUCGCCUUUUGUUUUCGCUGAACUACACCAAGGUCGAUAUUGCAUUGAUCAUUGUUGGCACCUUCUUUGCAAUUGCCGCCGGUGUCCCAGAGCCCUUACUUGGUAUUGUACUUGGUCAACUCAUCAACGAACUCAACGAAGUUUCCUGCUCCGCAAGCGUCUACGAUCCGUCCUCCGUCCGAACCAAAGUCCUUUACCUCAUCUACAUCACAAUCUUCAAUUUUGCGAGCAUCUACAUUUACGCGUCAUGCUGGGCUCUCGUGAGCGAGAGAAUCGCUCGUCGCUACCGGAAGGCUUACUUCCGCAGCGUCAUUCGCCAGGAAGCUGCGUUCCAUGACAAGCUGCCCUCCGGUCAGGUCAUCUCCCGGUUGGUCAGUGAUGUUGAGACGCUGCAGUCAGGUACCUCCGAGAAGGUCGGUAUAUACUUGGCCACCCUAUCAUACUUUGUGACAGCCUACGUUGUCGCUUUCAUCAAGGUGCCCAUAAUUGCUGGAAUCUUGAUUGCAGCUAUUCCCUGCUUCUUUGCUAUGGCUCUUGUCGGAGGACAUCUCGCUGCACGAUACGGAGCACGCGUCACAAAACAUGUGGACCUUGCAACUUCGAUCGCAUCGUCUAGUCUGUCGCACCUCAAGAUAGUCCAUGCCUUCAAUGCUCAAAAGCGCCUUGAGGACCUUUUCUCGGGUCACCUCAUACAGUCCAGGAAGGACGCCAUCAAAAAGGCAGCCGUUCAUGCUGCACAGAUGGGAACUUUGUUUUUCAUUGUCUAUUCAUCGAAUGCCCUGGCAUAUUGGAAGGGUGCUCAUCUGAUAGCCGACUCCGUUGAUGGGUUGAGCUCUGGGGUGUCCGUUGGUGCAGUAUAUACUGUGAUCUUCAUUCUGAUCGAUGCAACCUUUAUCUUCAGUCAAGUCUCACCCUAUAUGCAUGUUUUCAGUGCCGCUACCAGUGCAUCUGAGCGCCUGAUGGAAGUCAUUAAUCGCGAUUCUGCCAUUGAUGGCACAUCUCGUACUGGAGAGGACAGUGCAAACCUGGGAGAUGCGGAGACCAUCUUCAAGGAUAUUGAGUUCUCUUAUCCUGCUCGUUCUGAGAUGCCAGUCUUGCAGGGAUUGAGCCUGUCAAUCCCACCGAAGCAACAUACUGCCAUAGUGGGCCCAUCUGGAGGUGGAAAAUCUACCAUUGUCGCUCUUCUCGAGCGCUUUUACGAUCCUUCGAGCGGAACCAUUCAUAUCGGAGACCAGAACAUUCAAAGUCUCAAUGUUGCCAGCUUGCGCGGUCAGAUGGGCUUUGUGCAGCAAGAAUCUCAGUUGCUAGAUCGUUCUAUUGUAGAAAACAUUGCCUAUGGUCUGGUCGGUACCGCUGAGCUUGACCUAGCUGAAGCAAUUUUGGAUAUGAGCCUGACUGAGGUCGUCACUAGCAUUCAAUCCGGAAUUUCUGAGGAUCAGGCCCUAGCAACUUGUGAUUCACGAGUUACAGAAAUCUUCAAACGUGCAAAGGUGGCUGCUGACAGGGCAAAUGCACUCUCGUUUAUUGAGUAUUUGGCAUUCGGUAUAGCCAGCCCUGUGGGUACCUCCGGCAGUCAGCUUAGUGGUGGCCAGAGGCAGCGUAUCGCGCUUGCUACAGCCCUCAUUCGUGAACCCAAGAUGCUCAUUUUAGACGAAGCAACAGCAGCGCUUGAUUCCAUGAGUGAGCAGUUGAUUCAGUCAUCUUUGCAAAAGCUUGCUGGAACUGCCACCAUCGUGUCUAUCGCACACCGGCUGGCUGCUGUGCAGGAUGCAGAUCAAAUCAUCGUCAUUCAAAAUGGCCGUUUGGUCGAGUGUGGUUCUCCCCAGCACUUGCUGCAGAGUGGUGGAGCGUAUUCAACAAUGAUCAAUCAGCAAAAGCUUGACAACGCUGAGUUCGACAACAUACGGGGAUCUUUAAGCGAUGACAACAGCUCUCUAGUAUUGGAAAAGCACGAUGCGAUUUCCAAAGAGACAGCUGUAGACAAAGAGAAAAGUGUCUACCUCGCAGAGGAAAAGGGUGGCAUUCACACCCAGACCGAAGAUGAUCCUGCGACCCCAGCAGAAGAGCCAAGGCAUUCAAAACGUGUCACUGCCAAAAUAUGUUUCGCCUUUAUUCGUCCCAACAUUCUUCUCAUUCUUCUCGGUCUUGCUAUGUCAGUCAUCAUUGGAGCUAGCUACAGCUCAAAUGCAAUCCUCUUUGGAAAUACUGUGGGCGGUUUGAGCCCAUGCAAAGGCACGGCCAAUAUCCGAUAUAGUGGAAACUUGUUUGGCGGUAUGUUCUUCAUGGUCGGAUUUGUGGAGCUUUUUGCAAAUGUCAUUGGCGGAUGUGCCUAUGGAUGGGCGGCAGACCAGAUAUUAUAUCGUCUUCGCCUCGCUUCCCUGAGAUCUCUUCUCAGUCAAUCCAUGACAUGGCAUAGUGCCGAAGGACGGACCCCAGGUCUCCUCAUUGCUUAUAUCACUGGAGAUGCCUCAGCUAUAAGUGGUCUUACCGGUACUACCAUUGGGCUCCUUCUUGCGACCGGUGUGAAUCUCUUCGCCGGUAUCAUCAUAUCAUUUGUUGUUGCAUGGAAGAUUUCGAUUGUCCUUGUUCCUACUAUUCCUAUCUUGCUAUUGGCUGGAUUCAUGAAGCUUCGUGUUCAGGGUCAAUUCGCGGAACGACACAAGAAAGCCUUUUCUCGUGCCACAGAAAUCACUGUUGAGGCUCUUGGCAAUUUGCGUUUUGUUGCAGGAUUCUCUUUGGAGAAUCAACUAUACCGAGAAUUCCUCUCGGCUAUCCAAAAGCCUUACAAGAACACCACGAAAGCCAUUGCCUGGGGAAACUUCUGGCUGGCAUGGGCCUUUAGUGUCAGCAACCUCAUCAGCGCUCUUGCGUACUGGUGGGGCUCUAAACAAAUCGCAUCCGGGCUUUAUUCUCAAACACAAUUUUUCAUCGUUCUGCCAGCACUGCUUUUCAGCACCCAGUCAUGUGGUCAGAUGCUUGCCUUAGCUCCAGAUCUUUCCAAAGCGGGAAAGUCUGCUUCGCGUAUCGUCGACCUGGUGAAGGAAAACUCUGCGGAGCAAGAACACGCUGGCGAUCGGUACAUUCAGACUAUCCCCGUCGAUGCGGUGCCAGGCAAGGACACAGAGGCCAACGUUUCCGCUGACACGACAUCGCCAUCAAGCUCUCUUGGUCCCGUGGGUGCGAUGCUAAACCAAGUCUCUUUCUCGUACCCAAAAUCUUCCCAUAUCACAGUGCUGAAUGAGCUGAGCGUUGACUUCAGACCCGGUGGCUUUUACGCACUGGUUGGUCCCAGUGGCUCGGGCAAAUCAACAAUCUUCAGCAUGCUGGAGCGGUUUUACAAACCCUCUUCUGGCUCCGUUGUGAUCAAUGGACAAGACAUCAACCGAGUCCUGGCAACAAGCUUCAGAGAUGACAUUGCACUUGUUCCCCAAGAGAACGUUCUCUUUGAGGGAACCUUGGCUUUCAACAUUGGACUGGGUGCUCGAGUCGGCCACAUAGCAACUCAGACUGAGAUUGAGGAAGCCUGCAAGCUUGCUCAGAUCCACGAUGUAAUCAUGAGACUUCCCGAGGGCUAUGAGACAUUCUGCACUCAUGAUGGUAAGCAGUUCUCUGGUGGGCAACGCCAGAGAUUGUCAAUUGCACGGGCCUUGGUCCGAAAGCCAGGUCUUCUCCUCCUUGAUGAGUCAACGAGCGCCCUCGAUGGUGAAUCUGAACGUAAGAUCCAAGACGCACUGGCUGCACUCUCGGGAAAGACCACCAUCAUCGCUAUCGCACAUCGGUUGAAAACGAUUUAUCGCGCCAAUCAGAUUUUCCUUAUCCAGGACGGUUCUUGUGUUGACCGUGGAACCCACGCAGAGCUUGUUGAACGCAGUGAGAUGUAUCGGGAAAGUGUGCUGCAUCAGUCACUUGCUACUUGA